AUGCAAAUUUCCAUAGCUGGUGGAAACGGGGACAUCUCCCCAAGCCCCCGCGAAGACAACGAGCUGACGACCGUGGCCAUCAUCCAGGCCACCCGAAGAAUCGAGCAGGUGGAACUCGACCUCAACGACCAAGUGCACCAGGCCCGCAGGUGCAUCCAGGAGCUUAAGGAGAAGCGGGACAACUUCGAGGAAAAAGUUUCCGGUGUUAGUGCACAGACGGGGCGUAGCCCUGGCCUUCCUCAAGAAGAAACGGGGACAAACUAUAACCUCCUCGCCGCCGACUACACGAUCAACCCGGAGCCCGCGAGCGAGACCUACUACCAGCCAAGAACCACCAGCCGCAGCCAAGCCAACACGGCGAAGAGGCAGCAGGGGACAAGCAGCAGCAGCAGCAGCGGUAGCAGUAGUUCUACGACUGGUGCAAAACCCAGCUCACCAACGACGACGGGGACCACGAGGCCUACCACACCAGAGGCAGCAACAGGGGAUUCACCAGCCCAAGAAGAAGGCUUCGAUGUGGAUGCCGGCUUCAAUGAGCUCAUGGCAUGGACCCCGCCGGGGCAAGAAGAAGAACAAGACAACGCACUGCCCAGCAGGACAGGGGUGCUACGGGGACUCACUUCCCUUGAAGCAGGGGCACCUAGAGCCAUCCCGCGGGCCAGCACAGCAGAGAUGAGCGCCCUCGACGAGCCGGAGCAUCACGCGAGGACCGAGACUGAGUACAACAACUACGUCUACUACCAGGGCGCCGUUCAGGGGACCGACGCGAAGCACGCCUGCCACGAGGCCACCGAGGACUCUGGGGAGGAGCGCAACAACGACACUUACUACCAGGACUACCCACUGGACAGCGGCAGAGUGGAACAGACGGGGACCGAACUUCCCCACGAAGAGGAAGAAGUAGAUUGGGAUCGCGACAGCCAAGACGAGGCCGGGGACAGCGAGCAGCCAGCGGGGACGUGGGGGUCGCAGAGGCCGGCGGAGCCAUCCGGGCCUCCACCAGCACAGCACCCGAGCAACCAGGCAAGACGGAGGGCACCGCUGACGGAAGAAGCCCGCGUGGCUAGGAACCGCCAGGACAGGGCAGAGUGGCGAGAACGCUGGGACUGGAGAGCGGAGCCACCGGCAAAGGGACGCCGAAAAGGCAUCAUGCAGAAGAUCAAGACUGCGGAAUUCCAGAGCAGCACGAAAAUCGAGGCCCUGCUGCAGGAGAUCCAGAAGAUGCAGGCGGCAGAUCCCUCCAGCAAGGCAUUGGUCUUCUCCCAGUUCACGCGCUUCUUGGAGCUCAUCGAGUGGCGACUGAAGCGGGAGGGCAUCUCUGCGGCCACGGUGCUGGGCAGUAUGCCCAUUGUUUCACGGAACAACAUCAUCGUGUCUUUCCAGACGGAGCCUAGUCUCAAGGUCCUCCUCAUCUCCCUGAAAGCCGGAGGAGAGGGGCUGAACCUGCAAGCAGCGGACCACAUCUUCCUGAUGGACCCUUGGUGGAACCCCGCUGCGGAGGCCCAGGCCAUUCAACGAGCGCAUCGCAUCGGCCAGACACGGCCAGUGAAGGCCACUCGCUUCGUUGCGGCCAACACAAUCGAGGAGAAAAUCAUCGAGCUCCAGGAGAAGAAGCAAACGGUGUUUGAUUGCACCGUGGGCAACUCCAAUCAGGCUUUGCAGAGGCUCACUGCUGAGGACAUUCAGUUCCUUUUCAGAAGCUGGGGCAUGUUUUCCAUAGCCGCCUCACGGACUUUUUCGUCUCUUGCGAUACGGUGCUUGCCUGGCCAGGCAGCAGCUGAGCAGAAUGGUUUUCCGCCCAGUGGCGCGCCCGGCGUGUGA